AUGGAUAUACAUCGCUGCAGAUUUGUUCCUAUUCCACCAUCUUCAAUUAACGCCCUCGCCUUUUCCCACUCAAACAUCUCUAGCAACAAAAAGACUGCUCCUCUACGACUGGCCGUUGGCCGUGCAAACGGUGAUAUUGAAAUAUGGAACCCAAUUAAAGGUUCAUGGCUUCAAGAGAUUAUAAUACGUGGGGGAAAAGAUCGCAGUAUUGAUGGACUCGUUUGGACACAAGAUCCCAAUGAGGAAAUUGAUGGCAAAACAAUAAUUGGGAAGUUGAGACUUUUCAGCAUAGGCUACACCACAACUAUAACGGAAUGGGAUUUAAGCACCGGUAAACCAUUAAGGCAAGCAAGUGGAAAUCAUGGCGAGAUCUGGUGUAUAGCUGCACAGCCAAGUUCAAAUCCUGCGACUGUCGUUUUAUCCCAAAAUAUUGAUGGACAAGAAAAAUGUCAGUAUUUAAUUACUGGCUGCACUGAUGGAGCCCUUGUCCUCUACUCGACUCAAGACGAAAAUCUCCAACUUCAUAAAGUCCUUGUUCGACCCUCAUCAAAAAAAGCCAAGGUAAUUAGCGUCGUAUUUCAAACUCCAAAUGUUAUUGUCGCAGGGUGUACAGAUAGCGCAAUCCGGAUUUUUGACUUGAAGAAGAACACCUUAGUGAGGACAAUGACCUUGGGAUCGGGACCUAAAGGUGGACCAAAAGACAUCAUAGUUUGGUCUAUUAAGUCAUUGAAAGAUGGGACCAUAAUCUCUGGGGACUCGACUGGAGAAUUGAAGAUUUGGGAUGGAAAAACUUUUACCCUCCGACAAAGACUAUCAGCCCACAAAGAAGAUGUGCUUUGCCUAGCCACAAAUCCAGAUGGAACCAUGAUUUUUAGUGGAGGCAUGGAUAAAAGGACAGUUCUAUAUAAGCCUUCUCCAAAUCGCAAGGGUAGAUGGAUAGAAACAGGGCAUCGUAGAUUUCAUAUUCAUGAUGUGAAAGCUAUGGCUAGCUUUGAGGGUCUGGGAAUGAGUAUGUUAGUGUCUGGCGGACAUGACGCAUCUCCUAUCGUUGUUCCCAUGAGUAAGUUUGGAUUUGAAAAUCACAGGGCGUUACCAUUUCUCUCACAAGACCCAACCGUUCGAAGUGUACCCAAAGUGCGACUUAUCAUGAGCUGGUGGGACCGAGAGGUUAGAAUUUGGAAAAUAAAAGAGUCCAGCGCCUCAAAUAGUGCAGACGGCGAUGACGGUACUAAGGGCAGGCAACUAGUUGCAAAACUAUAUCUCAAAGGGGAAGCAAAUAUCACUUCGGCAUCUCUAAGUCCAGAAGGCAGCGUUCUUAUCGUAACUACAAUAACCGAAACUAAAGCAUUCCACCUUCAACUCCGUGUCAACAAUCUUACAGAGGCAUUUCAAAUCUCAAAAAUUGAGAUCCCACCAAAGCUCAUCGGUGGGGCACGACUAGUAAACUUUUCUCCUGAUGGAAAAUGGCUCUGUAUUAUUAGAUCAGACAGUAACAUAAUUCUCGCUCGAUUAAUUCCUUCCGCGUCAAGUCCAUCGUUUGCUUCACAUAUCACUCCCCUAACUCGCUUAAAUCGCCAAACAGACAAGAUCUCGCUGCUGGGGGGACUUGGAAAUUACGAUCGGACCAUAAUCCAAGCUACAUUUUCAGCUAAUAGCCGUAUUUUAGCUGUAAGUGAUCUUGCCGGGUAUAUCGACUGCUUUGUACUUUCAGGUGACGAGGAUCAACUAGAACAAUCCCAGCCGCUUGAAGAUAGUAUCUCCCUAGAGCAAGGACUAGGCUCUGACAGUGAAGAUGAGGACAACGAGUUACAAAAAUCUAAGCUUGUGUUCGGCCAAUUUUGGAUCCGUAACCCUAAGACCGCUGCUUUACCCAAGCUUUCUACUACCCCUGUCAUCAUUUCUUUUCGCCCAUCGAUCAAACCUAACUCUACAAAAACUAUAUCUACUCCUAAAUCUAAAAACUCAUUACGCCAAUCACUGCACGAUGGUGUAUCCAACGAGGAUCGCUUACUUGCCAUUACUGCGACGGGAAAUAUAUAUGAGUUCGAAGUCCUGAAUGGCUCCCUUAGUCAAUGGUCACGCAAUAAUCCUCCUGCAGCUUUUCCGGAGCAGUACCGAAAGACACUAGAAGUAGUUAGAGGUGUUGUGUGGGACUUGAGUGCUGGACGGGAAAGGGUAUGGCUCUAUUCAAUUAGUUGGGUAUGGAUGUUUGACCUCGGAAGAGACUUUAGUAAGGGUGGUCAAGAAAGUACUCUCAAGAGAAAAAGGGGCGGAACUGGCGCAGGUGGAGAGACGGAAAAAUCGAAGGUAGAUGUCGGCAUCGGAAAGACACUAACUAGAGUUAUACAUGAGGAAGUUAAUGAGGAGAUUGAGAUAUUUGGCCAUGAUGCUAUGGAGAUUGAUGAGGACGAUGAUGCGGAACCGGAGUCUCGACUAUCGCACCCGGAGACCGCUAGCAUCAAGCCUGACAGCUCUAAUGAAAAUGGCACUAUUUUUGCAGAAUCAGAGACGCAGAGCCACAUACCAAGCGCGACGGAUGUAGUGGUCAGUGAAAAAGUUGCUCCUUCCUACCAUACGUUCAAAUACCGACCUAUAGUCCACAUGGCCGAGAUCGGUGAAAAGCAAGGUGCGGCAGGUCCUGAGGUUGUCCUAGUGGAGCGCCCGAUAUGGGAAACAGAGCUUCCACCGCGGUAUUGUGACGAGCAGGAUUGGAGAAGUCGAGAGAUUGAUGCUUGA